GUACAUCGUAAAGGACCCAUUUGAGCAGGUGAAAGCCUCUUGACAUAAAAGCUUACUGUGCCUUUAAGAGCCCGAGCAGGCGCUUCCGGGCAGCUUCUGUCUGGUUUCGCCCACUCUCGCUUCCGCGACCCCGCUGCCUUUGCAACGCGCUGUGGGUGUGGUGUCCGUGCUCACUGCCGUAAAUAUUAGAACGUUGAAAGACCGCAUCCACCGUUUGCCGAACCAUGAGUGGCACCGACUGGAGGAAAUGCUGCCAAGAUGAGUGGGUUCUGCAGGGCAUGGCAAUGCCUCAAAACCUGGACUGGAAGUGCGUUUAUGAAGCCAAACCGUUUGGGAGAAACCUGCUCAAGAACCCUUCUCCUCACGGAUUGAGUAAAGCUAUACCUCCACCCGAGCAUGAGCUGCCGGAAUUUCCCAUGGACGGUCCUCCCAUUGCUCAACCAGAUGGUGACUACAGUGGCUGGAGCACAAGCACAGAAGUUCUUCCUGAUGAUAGGAGUGGUAUUCCGAAAGGGGCUGUUAUCUGUGGUUUGCCCCAGUACACCUGGUUCACCCUGGAGCAGACCGUAGACCUAAAUGCUGAGGGGCUUUGGGGAGAGAUGUUGGAUGAUUUUCAACCACAAAUAGUGAUUCAAGACUGGUAUGAGGAGAGUCAAGUGCAUGAAUCGAUCUACCAACUGCAUGUGAAGUUAUUGGGUGCAGACCAAAGCACGGUGAUCUCGGAGCACUCUGUCAACCCCACCGAGGACCUGAGCGCUUACUCCCACAAAUGGAAGGAGGUGUCGCAUGUGUUCUCUGGCUAUGGCCCGGGAGUGAGGUACAUUCACUUCUUGCACAGAAUGAAGAACAAAUUCCUGAAUGGCUUUUUUCCCACCAUGUUUACCGGGAGCUCAGUCAUGGUCAACCCUAUCAAAAGCAGUGCAUAAACCUUUUCCUAGAAAGGCUGCUGAAAUGUGUACUCACAACCUCAGAUUUUUGAAUUCUUACUUUUUAAACGAGGAUUAAAUUGAUGCUCUGGGACAAGACACCGGUGGCCCACCAGUAGUACCCUUCUCAGAAUUUGAAAUGUAUACAAAAUAAAAUAAAUUUAACAUAC